UAUUAUAUCUUAUUAUAGAUCACGACUUAUUCUCAUAAAGAUGACAAUAAUCUGUGGCUAGUGAAAAAAUUUGAUACAGAAGAAAUGUUAUCAGAAGCAAUGCUAGUCAAACAUGGUGACCUCAUUCGCCUAGAGCAUGUAAUCACGAGGCGGAAUCUACAUUCUCACAAAGAAAUUGCACCAAUAUCGAAGAAACAUUAUCAAAUUACUGGAUACGGAGAAAAUGGUACAGGUGAUGCUAAUGAUGUCUGGAAGGUAUUGAUAACGAAUGGAGAGGAUGGUGACAUCGUGGAGACGGUAACAAGUAAAUUAAAGUUCGUGCAUUAUCUCCACCAUUGCGUAUUGACAUGUAGUGGCAAGACAUUGCCAAAGUGGGGAUAUAAUCAACAAGAAGUUUCUUGCAAUCCAAAUAUGAGAGAUAAAAAUGCGUUAUGGAACAUAGAGGAUAAUCAAUAUGCUAAAUUACCAAAUGUUAGUUUUCAAGUAUACGCGCCAGGAUUCAUCGACAGAUUUAUAGAAUCGCAUGCCGUAAUGUUGCAAGGAAACUCAGAUCUGAAAGUGAAAGAAGGAGAAGUAUCCUCGCGGCCAUGGCAGUGGCUGAUAAAUUAUAGAGGUCAAUUUUUUUCUGGAAAUAAUCAAAGGAUUUAUUUACUUGGUAAUCCUAUUAUUUGGUGGGGAAAUAUAGUUUUCCUUAUAUUGUUCGUAAUUCUUUAUAUAUAUGCUAUUGUAUGUGAACAACGAGGCUGUGUUGGCGAAGUGGUUGUGUUCAAACAACGAAGCAGAAUAACAUAUGCUGGCAAAUGGAUGUUUCUCGGAUGGAUCUUGCAUUAUGCACCAUUCUGGGCGAUGAGUAGAGUGCUAUACUUCCAUCAUUAUUUCCCAGCGUUGUUGUACAGUUCCAUGUUGACUGGAAUUACACUGAAUUAUAUCAUCGACAGCCUCCUGUUGUUACUUCCAGAGAAAGUGGGAAACACAGUUUACCACACCAUAUUAGGAACUGUAAUUUCCGGCAUUGUAUAUAGUUUUUACCUGUUUUCGCCGUUGGCUUAUGGGAUGAAUGGUCCGUCCGCCAUGGACCCCAACAGCUCGAUGCACUUUUUACGAUGGAUGGAUUCCUGGGAAUUUUAAAUACCGAUGUACUCACCAUAAUAUAAUAUAUACAUUAUAUUGUAACUUAUAUUACAUGUACUUAUUUUACUAUUAAGACUAAUUUAUAUUUUCAAAAAUACUCAAAAUGUAAUAGGAGAAUGCUUACAUAUAUAUUUGUAUCUACAACAGAAGGGAGUUGCAUUAGAAUGUGCAUUUACAAAAUAUAAUCUGAUAAGAGCUUGCUGUCUCGAAAACAGUUUAUAAUGACUUGGAAAAAAAUACACACAUACUAUUUGAUUAGAA